AUGGAUCGCUGUCUUCUUGAUAUUUUACCAGUUGAAAUAUUUGAUAUUAUUUUCGAAUACUUUUGGGCGCAUGAGAUUUUGGCAUCAUUUCAUAAUGUUAGUCCAUAUCUUGAUGCUGUUUUAUACUCAUAUUCAAGUUAUCAGGUUAACUUUGCAUCCAUUCUCAAACCUCAUUUUGAUCAUGUUUGUCAUACUCUGAGACCAAACCAAAUUAUUUCAUUGAUACUCUCCGAUGAUGCCGAUACACCCCGGCAAUCUCAAAUCUUCUUAUCUCACUUUCAAAUCAAAUCAUUCACUCGAAUUCGUUCACUUACAUUAGAUAGAGUUGAAAGGAAGUCCCUGUUAAUCAUUCUUAGCCACAUAAAUAAGAUGAAUCGGCAAUUUCGACUUUUUUUACACAAUUGUGAUAUUGUACCUCUGAGUUCCAUGGAAAUACCAUUCCAGUUACGUGGCUUGAGAAUUGGCGAAAGCAAUUUAUUGAACCCCAGAUAUUCAACGUUUGUUGUGAACGCAAACACAUCAGUUUUGUAUACUGAUACAUUUCGUCAUAUUUGUGCAAAUGCAUCUGGACUGAAAUCGUUGAACAUUCGAUGUGAGGACAUAAAUAUUAUAAUGAACUUGUUUUCAAGAUUACCACAACUUACUUCUCUUGCUCUUAAAAUUACAACCUACGAGUAUUGGCGUUUAUUUUCAGUACCGUAUUUUACUAAUGUACACUAUCAGAAUAGUUUUCAACGAUUUAUGCAUUCAACAGUUAUUGAUGAUAAAACUUUUCUUGACAAUAUAACUACACUUGAAUUAUCACGGCCAUUAGUGGACAGUGAACAUUAUUUUCCUCAUGUCCGAACAUUGAUAAUCAUUAAUGAUAUUCGACUUGAAACUCUUUCAUCUAUUAUUGAUAUAAAUCGAGUGGAGCAUUUAAUUCUAUACUUUCCAAUCACGCAAGCACUACCAAAUAUAUGUCAUCUUUUAAGCACAGAUUGUCUUCAAAAACUAUCGAUAAUGAGUAAUCCAUUUCGACUACUUAAACAAUUCAGAGGAAUGAAAUUCGAAAACAUCAGAACACUUGAAGUGAAGUAUGACUUUGAAUUUGGUGAAAAUUAUCCUAUUGAAGAAUUAUGUUCGAUUUUUCCACGAGUUGAACGUUUACAUAUAAGAUCCAUAAAUCAAGCAACUAUGAUCCCUAUGAUUGAUGGAUUUACACAUCUCUCCAGUGCAUCCUUCUAUUUUGAUUCGUUGUCGAAUACAAAUAAAGAGCAUUGGCAAGUAAAGCCUGAGUGGGCACUUUAUGGAGCACGACGAUUAACAAACUCGUCGUAUAUCUGUGAAUAUCAAGAUUCAACUCUUCAUGCAUGGAUUAGCGAACAGGUGAGUCAAUUUUGA